AUGAACUUCACGAACAUCAACCUGCAGUACUCUUCUGCGCCGGCUACGUCCGCUCUGCUCCCUCCUCCACUCGUACUUGCCCCGCCGGUCUCUUCCGUCGGCUCCUCUCUCCCUCCAGCCCCGGCAACCUCGAAUCAUUCAUCAGUGCUACCCGAAGCGCACGCGGUUCCGCCUGGCCGUCCUAACGAAGAUCUGCGCAACCUGACGUUCCAGCAGGCGCUGCCGCAUCUCGCACAGCUCGCCGAAGAUGCUGGGUUCGUCGAUGCGAUCUCGACGAUUCGGAAGGAGCAGGCGGAUCUCGAGCGCCGGCUCUGGGACGAACGCGCCGCGAUCCUGCGCAAGCACGAGGAGAAAGUGAAGGUGGCGCGUACCAAGGCGACUUUGGUUGGGGGCACGGGCCUCACGCAGUACGAAGCUGAUGUGAUGUCAGAUGCGUUCCGUCAAGAGCUGAGGAAGUUCGAUGCGCAACGUGUCCUUCCCGCGUGGGACGGCUUAGUCGCAAAGCAGCAAGCGAAGUUGGAAGCCCUCGGUGUUCCAGCCAUGUUUUCUACUACGUCAGGCGCAGACAGACAGGUGAGCAUGAUGGCCUCAACCAUCGCAAAGGGGGUGCUAUGUCGUCUUAUCAUAUCCCAGCGUCAGCAAAGGGUUAUCCAGGUUCUCGUAGGUAUCGCUGGGCCCAGCGUCCUCCCUGACUGUAAUCUCUUCCCUACCUAUCCGUAUGUCGUGAACCUCUGCACACCGCUAUCGUCACUCCUUUAUCCCGUCACCAUGCCCUUCGUCGACCUCGUCUCCGGCGACGACUACGCCUCCAUCUGGUAUGACACCAACGCACCCAAUGGAAACGUCGGCGGCUUCGACCCAGCGAAACCGACCGUCGUCUUGCUGCACCCGCUUUUUCUGGACUCGAGCUGGAUGUUCCCGCAGAUGGACGACCACCGUCUCCACUCGCAGUUCAACAUCAUCGUGUUCGACACCCGCAUGACUGGCAAGUCUAUGUCGAGGCCAACAGGCAAGUUCGACCUCUGGGUGGCUGCCGCAGACCUCGCGUUUUGCUUCUACCACCUCCGCAUAUCACCCGCACACAUCUUCGCCCCGGAACUCAACGCAUACAGUGCCUUGCGUUUUUCGGUCCUGUCAGUUGCCCAGGUGAUCGUUCGAAUCCGCUCGGUUUUCGAGGCGCUAGAGGAACUUACUCAGCUAUGGUCAUUCUCGGAAGAUAUGGAGUCCUUCGAGUAUUCCUCAACAUCUGUGAACCAGCUCGUCGCGUAUUGGGAGGUGCACUACCCGCCGUUCCGAAGAACACAUGUCAUAACCAACGUGAACUUGUUAAUGAAUCGAACACCGCUAACUCCGGAGGAACUCGCGCGGAUCACCUGUCCGGUGUUCGUUAUCCAGGCGGAGAGCAGCCAGACACACCCCGUGGCGUAUGCGGAGCAGAUAUCGCAGCACCUCACCAACGUUCCUGGCGGCUCAGCAUCCAUCUUCCCGGUGAAGGCCUCGCAAGGCUACCUGUCUCUGAUGAGCGCGUCGAUCGUGAACCAGGUCUUCAUUAAGUUCCUCUCUCGCCAACCACCGGCACGCUCCGAUCCGCUGCGACUAGAAGGUCCGCUAGCGGACCGCAUGCGGACUGCGCUGGCUACGCUGGGCAAGGUGCGCAGCGACCCAUCAAUGGUCGAUCGAGACCCGCUCUCGCCUUUGUCCUUCUCGUGCGCGUCGGCGGAGGUGAUCAAGAGUCAGGAGGAAACGCGCGCGACAUACGAGAAAGGCCAGCGCACCGCGUUCUCGCCUCUGGGACUCGACGGGCGACCCCUGCGCAAGUUCUCAGAAAGGAAAGAUCACUGGCUCGACGGCGGCGCGGACGGGUUCUCCUACUCCAGUGCGAAGAACUUCCGGAAGAAGACUACGAAGCAGAAGCCGCCGCGCCGGCGCGAGGCGCACGAGGUGGGCAUCGUCCUCCCGCCGUCGGAGCCCGUCUCGGAGGAGGCCCAGCAGGUCUCGCGCCUCCGCCGCGCGACGAUCAACCCCAGCGCCGUCGACAAGCAGGUCAUCAAGGGCUCGAUGGCAAAAGUCGUCUCGACCAGCCAGACCGUCGUCCCGAGCUUGCCCCGGUUGCUGCGGUAG